AUGGCCGAGCUUUUCGAUGGCCGUACGCCCGAGCAACUGGAAAAGAGCGCUGAACGAGGCAUUGAGCUCAUGACGGAUGUCGAGAAGAUUCUGCAACAAAAUCCCUCGAAAGAUAUAGCUCAGUGGGCCGAGGCAAUUGAAAACGUCCGUAAACAAGCUAAACGCAACAAAACCAUCGUCGGAGUUGUCGGCGCCACUGGAGCAGGAAAAUCGUCCGUCAUCAAUGCUAUAAUGGAUGAAGAACGUCUGGUUCCCACCAAUUGCAUGAGAGCCUGCACAGCAGUAGUGACUGAGAUCAGCUACAACUAUGAAGAGGGACCCAAGUACAAAGCCGACAUCGAGUUCAUCUCACGGCAGGACUGGCUCAAGAUGCUCAAAAUUCUGUUUCAAGAGGUUCUUGACGGAACUGGCCACGUAUCUCGAGAAUACACGAAUGAGGACAGUGAGGCAGGCGUUGCCUACGCCCAGAUCAAGGCUGUGUAUCCUGAACUUACCAAGGAAGAGAUGGAGAAGGCUCCCAUCGACCGACUAAUGUCUCAUGCCAACGCCAAAUGUCUCGACACCACCCUCAAGCUCGACUCUGAUGAUGGCACAGACUUCUACAAAGAUCUCCAGAGCUAUGUGGACAGCAAAGAAAAGACCAGUGGUAUCAAAGGCGUCCAUGACCCAGCGAAGAAGCCAUGUGAAAUGGAGUUUUGGCCUCUGAUCCGCGUUGUUCGCCUUUAUGUCAAGUCGCCGGCACUGGCGACUGGCGCAGUCAUUGUGGACUUGCCGGGUGUGCACGACUCAAACCAAGCGCGUGCUGCCGUGGCACGAAGCUAUAUGAAACAGUGUACAGGACUGUGGAUAGUCGCGCCGAUCAACCGUGCGGUCGACGACAAAUCUGCAAAGAACCUCUUGGGUGAAUCUUUCAAGCGUCAGCUGAAGAUGGACGGCGGCUACGAUUCGGUCACCUUUAUCUGCAGCAAGACAGACGAUAUUUCACUCACCGAAGCCCAGGAUUCGCUUGGCCUCGAAACCGAAUUAGGUCCCAAGUGGGCGAAGUCCGAAGAACUCCGAGUGCAGAAAAAGGAUCUCAAGCGCCAAACAGACAGUCUAAAACAGACAAAAGCAGACAUCACUGCAGCUAUGGACGUGGUCGACGAAGAGCUUGAGAAGUGGGAAAAGCUUCAGGAGCAAGCUGCUGAUGGUACUGCUGUCUAUCGGCCGAAGGAGAAAUCGCAGAAGCGAAAACGUACCGAGCAGUCCAGUCCCGUACGCAAGAAGUCGAAGUAUACAGAGCCAGACUCUGACGAUGACUUCUUCGACGAUGACGAUACCCGCAGCGAUGCUAGGUCAGAUUACGCCUCGCCUGAAGAGCAAGGCGAGCCUCUGACCGAGGUCGAUAUCGCCAUGAAGAUCGCCGAACUAAGGAGUUCAAAAAAAGAUGGCCGCAUCGAGAAAAUAAAGGCCGAUGAUAGUCUCAAGGAUAUCCGUCGCCUGGUGGCUGCAAUCAAUGAGGAAGCGGGAGGUAUUGAUGCCGAACUCUCAGCCAAAUGCAUCGCUGGCCGAAACGAGUAUUCCCGUGAAGCUAUUCGACAAGAUUAUGCGGCCGGCAUCCGUGGACUCGACCAGGAGCUUGCUGAGGAAGAAGACGCGGCGAACUUCGACCCUGAAGCAGACGCUCGAGACUAUGACGAAGUCGCGCGCAACUUACCUGUCUUCUGCGUGUCCUCACGCGCGUACCAGAAGCUACAGGGCAGGCUCAAGAAAGACAAGAUGCCGCCAGGCUUCAACCAGACGGAAGAAACGGAGAUCCCAGCACUUCAAGCUCAUUGCAUUCAAUUGACGACUGCUGGGCGUCAGGCAUCUUGCCGGAAGGUUCUCAGUAGCAUGUUCCAGCUCUUCAACUCGCUGCAUCUUUGGGCAUUGAAUGAUGGCACUGGCAGCAAUCUGACGGAGGGUCAGAUGCAGCGGGAAGCUGAGAUCUUGAAAGGAAAGCUCGGCAAACUUGACUCGGCUCUGGCGAAGGCCGUCGGCACCAUCGUUGACGAAAUCAACGAUGAGCUCUCGGACAAGGUGUAUGACGUCUGCGAAUCUGCCAUCUCGGUUGCAAAGUCUGGGGCAAACGACACUGUUCGCAAAUGGGGCUCCGCUGUCGAUCGAGACAACCGGGCAGCGGGUGGACUUUAUUGGUCUACAUAUAAGGCUGUAUGCCGCCGCAACGGGUCGUUGUCAAAUGUAAACGGCUCAAACAACUUCAAUGAGCAGCUGUUAGAGCCUAUCAUCCAGCGCCUGGCCGGUCCAUGGGAAGCGGUCUUUGCACGUCGUGUGCCUGGCAUCCUCAACGGUCUGCCCCUGAAUGCGGCGCACAUCUUGACCAGCUUCCAUGACGAUCUUGAGAGUCGAGCCAUCCGCAAUGGCACGCCUGUGAUUUCACUCCAAAUGCUGAAGCAGCAGAUUCUCGUCCAUAAAGAGACGUUGAGGGACGCGGCCGGCGAGGCGCGGGGGCGCAUUACCGAAGACCAGCGUGAUAUUAAUCGUGAAUUCGAGCCGAAGCUGACGGAGUACAUGGUGCACGCCUACGAUGUGUGCGUUCAAGAAAGCGGCCCCGGCUCAUUUGCGCGAAUGAAGGGGCACAUGGAUCGCCACGUGGAGCAAGAGAAGCGCACAAUGUUCGAAGGUGCGAUCGUGCACGUUCAAGGACUGAUCAAGGAGAUGCUCGAGACUGUUCAGCAGGAGCUCCUGACAAAAGUUGACGCUUGUUACCUGGCGGUGGAACGAGACUACACCGGCGUUCUCGUCAGUCAGGACAACAGCUCUGGCUUGGACGCCCUUCCCCGCCAGCAACGCAGCAUGCGCAAGUCCGUCCUCGAGAUCAUCGAUAAUGCUGAGCAGGUCUUCAAAAGAGCAAUUGGUCUUGAAUGCGGAUCUGCGAACGAAUCGAGCUCGAUGGGAGCAGUCGAGCAACGAGCUUUUUCAGACAACGACGUCGAGGCGGAAGAAAAUGUUGAUACUGCGGCGCUGGUUCAAUCGAAUCUUGAGCCAGCUCCUGCGACAUCUUGA